CGAUGCUCCAGAGGACGGCCUGGUGGCAAACAGCUUGCGGCGACUGAUCGGCUUCCAACGCCCACGGCGGCAGCAUCACGCCUGCCGUAAUAUCCCGUACACUGCGCACGACUCCGCGCUGAGGCACGGCAGACGCGAACAGCCUCACCUCCCGUCGCUCCCCCCGCCUUCCCCGCCUUCCCCGCCCUCGAAGGGCUGCAACCGCAACGAUGGACGACAUGGACAUGAACUCGGACUCAGACAUGUUCUCGACGGUCAACAUGGACCUGGCGCGCCGCUACUGGUACACGGUCGCCGCGUUCGUGGGCGCCCUGGCCGCCGUCCGGGCCGUCAACUUCUACAAGUCGCACAGGCGGCUGCGCCGCAAAGCUGCGAGCUCGGUCGAGUUCCCGACGAAGCCCGCCGACCCGUUCCUCGAGGCGUGGGCCACGCUGACCGCCGUCGUGCGCGAGGCCCGCCACCCGCAGCUCUACGUCCCGCUGCGCGGGCUCUCCUGGCUGACGCCGCCGCCGCUAGGCCGCGUCGCCGCGCUGCUGGUCUACUGGGUCGUCAUCGUCUACAUGAUGUCGGUCGACGUGGUCGUGCACGACGUCUUCUACUGGGAGCGCAUCGGCUACCGCAACGCCUGGGUCACCGUGACGCAGGUGCCGCUGCUGUACCUGCUGGCCUCCAAGUGCAGCGUGCUCGGCUUCCUCGUCGGCACGAGCCACGAGCGGCUCAACUGGCUGCACCGCUGGGUCGGCCGCACCAUGCUGGUUACCGCCACGGUGCACGGCUGGCACUUCUACACGGACUGGGCGCGCACCGACUUCGUCCAGUACGAGCUCAAGAUGAUGCCCAUGGUCAAGUACGGCUUUGGCGCCUGGGCCGUGCUGCUCUGGACGCUCAUCUCGGGCCUGGCGCCCGUCCGGCGGCUGGCCUACGAGUUCUUCGUGCUGCAGCACCUUGUGGCCGCCGUCGUCUUCCUGUGGCUGAUCUACGUGCACGUGCCGGCCAGCGCGCGGUACAACGUCUGGUUCGCCAUCGCCGCGCUGUGCUUCGAUCGCGCCUGCCGCGCCGCCCUGCUCGUCUGGCAGAACGUCAAGCUGUUCCCGGACAAGUCCAAGUGCCGAGGCGGGCGGCGCAUCGGCCACCAGGCGCAGCUCACGGCGGUCGGCGACGCCGUCACGGUCGUGACCAUCAAGGACGUGCACUUCAAGUGGCGCGCCGGCCAGCACCUGUACCUCUGGGUGCCGCGGGUCGGCCCGGCCGAGGCGCACCCCUACACGAUCGCGUGUGCGCACCAGCUGCCUGACACGUGCAUCUGCAACAGCAUCCAGCUGGUGGUGCGCAAGCACGCUGGCUUCUCCCGCCGGCUGCACGACUUCGCCGUCAGGGCCGGAGGCACGCAGCACGUCACCGUCUUCGUCUCCGGGCCGUACGGGGCGCCGCCGCGCUGGGACAUCUACGAGACGGUCGUGCUGAUCUCGGCGUCGACCGGCGCCUCGUUCACGCUGCCGAUCCUGGAGAGCGUGCUGCAGGCGCGCGGCACGAGCUGCGUCAAGCGCGUCGACUUCCUGCUCGCCGCGAAGCAGGGCGAGGAGAUCGGCUUCUACGUGUCGCGCCUGCACGAGCUGAUCGGGCGCGCUCGGGACGUCGGCAUCGAGCUCAGCGUGCACGUCGCGGUCACGCAGGGCGCCGCGGGGACCGCUGGGGAUUUGGGGCAGGGCGGGACCACGGUCGAUGCGGUGGACGGGUCGGCCUCGUCAUCGGGGACCAAUCUGGAUAAGCAGGCGGAUGAGAAAGGGCUGGCGGCGGACGAGAAGCAGGCGGCGGGCCUUGCGGCGGGCGAGAAGGCGGCAGGGGGCCUGGCGUCGGACGUGGAGCAGGCGGCGACUCCGCGGCGGCGGUCCAGCCAGGCGAGCGCGGACUCGCACGCGUUCCGCUCGUCGGUGCGGCCGGACGUGGAGGCGUUCAUCCGGGGGCCGGUCGAGGCGACGGGCGGGGAGACGAGCGUGGUGGUCUGCGGCGGGCCGUCGCUGGCGGCGCGCGUCAGGAACUGCGUGGCCGCGCUGUCGGACGAGCGGGCGGUGCACAAGGGCACGGGCGCCCAGGGGAUCCACCUGUUUGUCGAGGAGUACAGCUUUUAAUGCAAUGGAUUGUGUUUUCGUGCUGUUUGCCAGUAUCAACAUCGAUGAUUGAUGCAACGAAAUGA